UAAUGUUGAUUCAUAACAACUGAUAUAAUAAAGUAGCUGCUUAAAUUGUCAGCAGGCUGACAACUGCUGAGCUCGCUGCUGGUCCAACAGCCUCAAAACUGUUACUGUUAAAAGGUCCUAUUUGAAAAGAAGACAGCUGUUGGUUAUAAGGUUAUAGAUCAUAGUGUGCAAGAUGGGAUUACCAAAACCUCAAGCAAAACCUGAAAUCAAAUACACUAAGCUCUUUAUCAAUAAUGAAUGGGUGAAUUCUACAAGCGGGAAGACAUUUCCAGUAGUGAAUCCUGCAACUGGAGAAAAGAUUGUUGACAUACAUGAGGGAGACAAGGCUGAUAUUGACAAAGCUGUAAAAGCAGCUCAAGCAGCGUUCCAACCAGAUUCAACAUGGCGGACAAUGGACGCCAGUACACGUGGAGAACUGUUACAAAAACUGGCGGAUCUUAUUGAGAGAGAUGCAGUUUAUAUAGCUAGUUUAGAAACGCUAGACAAUGGAAAACCGUUUAAAGACUCAUAUGGCAUUGAUGUUCCAUAUACCAUCAAAUGUUUACGAUAUUUUGCUGGAUGGUCAGACAAGAUACAAGGAAAGACGAUACCCAUGGAUGGAAACUUUUUCUGCUACACUCGUCACGAACCAGUUGGAAUAUGUGGACAAAUUAUUCCAUGGAACUUUCCAUUACUUAUGAUGGCCUGGAAGAUUGGACCAGCUCUCUGCUGCGGAAACGUCGUGGUGUUAAAGCCUGCCGAACAAACACCACUAACAGCCCUUUAUACAGCACAAUUGGCUAAGGAGGCUGGUUUUCCACCCGGAGUGUUGAAUGUUAUUCCUGGAUAUGGACCAACCGCUGGAUCAGCCAUUUCUCACCAUCCUGAUAUUGACAAGGUCGCAUUUACAGGAUCGACUGAAGUGGGUCAACUUGUGAUGGAAGCUGCAGCAAAGACCAACCUGAAGCGUGUAACAUUAGAACUUGGUGGUAAAAGUCCAAAUGUUGUGUUCGCUGAUGCUGACUUGGAUUUAGCAGCUGAUAUGUCUCACUUCGGAUUAUUCUUUAACAUGGGACAAUGUUGUUGUGCUGGAUCAAGAACAUAUGUACAGGAAGAAAUUUAUGAAGAAUUUAAGAAAAAAUUGGUAGAGAGAGCAAAGAAGAGGCCUGUUGGGAAUCCCUUUGACGAAAAGCACGACUCCGGACCACAGGUUGACAAAGAUCAGUUUGAAAAGAUAAUGGAAUUGAUUGAUAGCGGCAAAAAGGAAGGUGCAAAACUUGAAUGUGGAGGAAAGAGAAUUGGAACUAAGGGUUACUUCAUCGAACCAACUGUAUUCUCUGAUGUUAAUGAAGAUAUGAGAAUUGGAAAAGAGGAGAUAUUUGGCCCAGUACAACAGAUUAUUAAGUUUAAAACCAUGGAUGAAGUGAUUGAGAAAGCAAAUAAAACAUCAUACGGUUUAGCUGCUGCUGUUUUUACAACAGACAUCAAUAAAGUAAUGACCUACACCAGUCGUGUCAAGGCUGGAACUAUCUGGGUAAAUUGCUACAAUAUAUUGAGGACGACUUGUCCAUUUGGUGGCUUUAAGAAAUCAGGAAUGGGCAGAGAGCUUGGAGAAUAUGGUUUACAUCAAUACUCAGAAGUGAAAACGGUCAUCGUUAACACACCAACAAAAGUGUAAAAACUGGUUGAAGUUGAAGGAUACUUUGUUAUAGUGACACUAUUUUACUAUUAAUUUAGUAACACUAGAUAUAUAUAUAUAUAUAUUAUAUAUUAUAUUUGUAAAAAUGCACAGUUGCGAUUUGGUUCAUAAUUCUAAUUAUUUGAAACAAAAUCUAUGAGGUUAAGUAUAAUGAUCGUUAAUGAUUGUGAAGUAACUAGAAGCACAUUGUUUCAUUUGUAUUGUACUCAACUUUAUGAACAAAAACGAUAUUUCUUAUAUGCAAAUAUUUGGAACUUGCAAGUUUUGUUAUGAGCAAUUCACAAAUGAUAAUAACCAUAUUCCCAGUAAACCUUACAAGUUUGAUAUCAACAUUGACAAUUAAGCCUUUUCGGUAUCUUUCUUGCAUUCAUCGAUCAUUUCUGUUUAUAUCAAUUUUUGUUAUGAUUGUCAUCUUAUCUUAUUACUAUUAUGAUUAAAUGAGGUAUGUAAUAUGAGAUUUGACAUAUAGUUUACAGAAAUUAAUUUAAUUUUCUUACCUUUAGAAUAUUUCAUUGUUUUGCAUGUUAGAUAAUGGAUUCAUUUAACUUAUAUUUAAUAUUUAUUGGAAAUAAAACGUAUAUAUUA